CGACGGGCAGCGGUGGAAAAGUGAGGUUGUUUCGAUCGGUGGUAAAGUAACAGGAUCGUUCACGCAGUCCGAAGAAAGAGUGUAGUCCGAGAGGAGCAGAAGGGUCGAAGGUGGAACAUAGAAAAAGAGAAUAAAUCGAGUACUUAAACCGUGCACAUUAUUAAAAGAUUUUGAAGAUUUUAGACCCAGAAUAGAGCGACUGCAACGAAAAUGUUUCACGUGAAAAAACUAACAAGAUCGUCGAUCGCCUUGAAGCAAGUGCCGAGCAAUGACAUCGUUCAUAAUACUUUGAUUCGUAUCCUACCGGCGUUUCAAGCACGCGGCUAUGCCGACCAUCAAAUACCCGAACGACUGAAGAAUAUUCCUGAUGAUCCAAACCCAAAAUUUUUCGACAUGGUCGAAUAUUUCUUUCACCGUGCUUGUCAGAUCGUAGAAGAUAAAUUGGUCGAGGAUAUUGGCAAACGUUCGAGGAUGAGCGUGGAAGAAAGGAAGAAAAAGGUGAAGGGUAUCUUGAUGCUCAUGGAACCAUGUGAUCAUAUUCUCGAAAUCUGUUUUCCCUUGAGACGCGAUUCAGGCGAUUACGAGAUGAUCACUGGCUAUCGCGCACAGCAUUCAACCCAUCGAACGCCGUGCAAAGGAGGUAUCCGUUUUUCGAUGGACGUUUCGCGCGACGAAGUGAAGGCCCUGUCUGCGUUAAUGACUUUCAAGUGUGCCUGCGUGGACGUUCCCUUCGGAGGGGCGAAGGCUGGUAUCAAGAUUAAUCCGAAACUCUACUCCGAACAUGAACUUGAAAAAAUUACUAGGAGGUUCACUUUGGAACUCGCGAAGAAAGGAUUUAUUGGACCGGGUCUCGACGUCCCUGCCCCCGACAUGGGAACCGGAGAACGUGAAAUGUCUUGGAUCGCGGACACUUACGCAAAGACUAUAGGCCACUUAGACAUCAACGCUCACGCCUGUGUCACUGGAAAGCCCAUCAAUCAAGGUGGAAUUCACGGUCGUAUAUCUGCAACCGGUCGUGGUGUAUUUCACGGAUUGGAAAACUUUAUCAAUGAAGCUAACUAUAUGAGCAUGAUCGGUACAACGCCUGGUUGGGGUGGCAAGACGUUCAUCGUGCAAGGUUUCGGUAAUGUCGGUCUCCAUUCAAUGCGUUAUCUGCACCGUGCCGGUGCCACUUGCAUAGGUGUAAUCGAACACGACGGUGCUAUCACUAAUCCGGAAGGCAUUGACCCGAAGCAACUGGAAGAUUAUCGCAUAGAGAAUGGUACUAUCGUUGGUUUCCCUGGUGCUGAGCCGUACGAAGGUGAAGGUCUUAUGUUCGAGGAAUGUGACAUAUUUAUACCCGCCGCGGUUGAGCAAGUCAUUACCAAAGAAAAUGCUGGUCGCAUUAAGGCUAAAAUCAUUGCUGAAGCUGCCAAUGGACCAACUACGCCUGCUGCCGAUAAGAUUUUGAUUGAUAGAAAUAUCUUGGUUAUACCAGAUUUGUACAUGAACGCCGGUGGUGUUACAGUUUCCUUCUUCGAGUGGUUGAAGAAUCUCAACCAUGUGUCUUAUGGUCGUCUUACUUUUAAAUACGAGAGAGAAUCCAACUAUCAUCUGUUAGAAUCCGUACAGGAAUCGUUAGAACGUAGGUUUGGCCGAGUUGGUGGUCGAAUUCCCGUUACUCCUUCCGAGGCGUUCCAGAAGCGUAUCUCUGGUGCUUCCGAGAAAGAUAUCGUCCAUUCCGGUCUAGAUUACACGAUGGAAAGAUCUGCCAGGGCAAUCAUGAAAACCGCUAUGAAAUACAACCUUGGUUUGGAUCUGAGGACAGCUGCCUACGUUAACUCGAUUGAAAAGAUAUUUACCACUUACUCCGAAGCAGGUCUUGCGUUCUAAACGCAAAGUAUUCAAUUAUGCAAAGCAGGUCGCAUUGAUCGAGAUCAGUAACGGAAACGGUAACGAGACAACUGUAAAAAGUUGUAAGACAGUAUUUCGAAAACUGCUCACGAUUUAUUUUCCUCGGCUAAUACUGUCCAGUCCCAUAGCGACAAAGACCAAAACUAGCUGUGGAAAUACUUCGUGCGCAUCGAUCGUCGUGUGCUAGGUUUUUCGAACGCAUCGUAAUAAUUUGCCUAAUCAACUCCCUUGCGCAGGUACACUGUACCUGUGUGCCCCUGUAAGCGUAUACACUGCACAUACAUACAUAAGACGUUGAAAUCGAACCGAAUUCCAAGUACAAAGAGGAUGUAACAUUCGAAAGACGAAACAUUCGCUUGCUCCUCUGUGAAUAGAACAGUUACCCGAACUCAAGCUCGGACAGUAACGGCACGCCAGUGCAUUUUUGUAUUUCACUUUUUACAUCUGAUGUAUCUGGAUAUUAGGGUUUACUCAAGAGUUGUUUAAACGCUGAACGUUCUUAAUCAUAAGGUUUCAAUUACACGGAUAUUAUGUUUCGCUGUUAUUCCAUAUGCCUGAAGAACAGUUUACAGUUAUUUAUAAUAAGGAUUUGUUUUUACGAUUGAAAUACGCGAUCGAAAAACGCGAUGUAUCAUACGAUGAUAUUGUUAUAAGUUUCAAGAGUAUGUCAAUAAACGUAUGCUCUUAAUUAA